GAUCUAUGGACUUAGCAGAGAAGCAAGAAAGCACUGAAGCACAGACGCAAGAAAGCAUCAAAAUACACAAGAAAGCACCAAAAGAAGCAAGAAAGCAUCGAAGCAAUGAAGUAAAAAGCACUGAAGCACAGACGCAAGAAAGCACCAAAGUAUGCAAGAAGUACCAAAGCAGAGAAGCAAGAAGCACCAAAGCAAAGAAGCAAGAAAGCACUGAAGCACAGAUGCAAGAAAGCACUGAAGCACAGAUGCAAGAAAAGAAGCAAGAAAGCACUGAAGCAGAGAAGCAAGAAAGCACUGAAGCAGAGAAGCAAGAAAGCACUGAAGCAGAGAAGCAAGAAAGCACCGAAGCACAGAUGCAAGAAAGCACCAAAGUACUCAAGAAGUACUAA